UUCAAUGGCUGAUAUGUGCACGCUCCUCCUUCGUUUCCUUUCUGUUGCCAGCUAGAUUUUACCUUAGCUUCUCUGUCUGAUGGAAAACGAUAUUACAAAUCAAUCUUGAUUGCAACCUUUUUCCUAAGGAAUAGCUGCUGUGUAUCCAAGAUGUGCUGAAAAAGAGACGGCUUUUCAUACAAGGCAUUUCUGCAAUGAUUCACCCAGCAGGUCACCGUGUUUUGCAAGUAGGAGUACUGCAUCUUUUUCCUUUGUGGCUGCUUUUAGAUCUUACAUAUGCACAGUUCCGUUACUCUAUCCCUGAAGAAUUGAACAGGGGAGAGAUUGUCGGAAAUAUCGCUAAGGAUCUUGGAACAGAUGUGGCAAAACUAGUGGCUGCCAAUCUUCAGGUACUUUCUGAUUCUGACUCCCAAUAUUUCUCUGUAAAUGUAAACAAUGGAGCCAUAUUGGUGAAUGACAGAAUAGACAGAGAGGUUCUCUGUGGGCAGAGUAUUACAUGUAUCUUAAAUCUUAAAUUUGCUAUAGAAAAUCCAGUUGAGGUAUAUAGGAUUGAGGUUGAAAUACUGGACAUUAAUGAUAAUUCUCCCAGAUUUCAGAGCGAAGAGCUGACAUUAAAAAUAAAUGAAUUGGCAUCACCUGGUGCUAGAUUUCUUAUUCCAAAUGCCCAGGACCCUGACAUAGGCUCCAAUGCAUUGCAAGAGUACCAUCUUAGCCCCAGUGAAAAUUUUGCUUUAAUUGUGAAAAAGCGCACUGAUGGCAGCAAGUUUCCAGAGUUAAUUUUAGAAAAGGCUCUAGAUAGGGAACAGACCGCUGUCCACCACUUGGUGCUAAAAGCAGAAGAUGGUGGCAUACCAUGUAGAUCAAGCGCAAUGCAAAUUACGGUUAUUGUUUUAGAUGCCAAUGAUAACCACCCUGCAUUUGAUCAGUCCUCUUAUAAUGUUCAGCUCAAAGAAAAUGCCCCCAAAAAUUCUUUAGUCAUAAAGCUGAAUGCAACUGAUUUAGAUGAAGGGCCAAAUGGGGAAAUUGAAUACUUUUUCAGUAGUCACAACUCAGAAACCAUAAGUAAUAUUUUUCACCUGAAUUCAGAAACUGGUGAAAUCCGUGUUCUAGGUAAUUUAGAUUUUGAAGAGCUUUCCGUUUAUGAAAUAGACAUUGAAGCUAGGGAUAAAGGAAGCCCUAUUAUGGAAGAACAUUGUAGUGUAAUUGUCCAUAUUAUUGAUGUAAAUGACAAUACCCCUGAGAUGAUCAUAAGUGCAUUUUCUAGUUCUGUUCCAGAAGACUCACCUGCUGGAACAGUAGUCGCAGUUAUAACAAUAAAAGACAAAGAUCAUGGUGAUAAUGGAAGGGUACAGUGCCAAGUAGAUAAAAAUCUACCAUUCACAGUUAGGGAAGACUUUGAACACCAAUUUUCCUUGAUUACAAGUGACCAGCUAGAUCGUGAAAGUGUUUCUGAGUACCAUAUCACUAUAACUGCAAGAGAUAUGGGUAACCCCCCACUUUCCACGGUCAAAGUGAUCUCAGUAAGUGUAUCUGAUGUAAAUGAUAAUGCCCCACAGUUUGUUGAACCAGUUUAUGAAGUUUUUGUGCAGGAGAACAACAAAGCUGGAGAAUUGCUUUGUACUGUUUCUGCUACGGAUCCAGACUUGGACCAGAACUCCCGACUCUCUUAUUCCAUUUUGCAAAAUCCUAAAGAGGACUAUACUUCUUCUUCACAUAUUUACAUCAACUCUGAAAAUGGACAGGUCUACCUAAAGUUUCCUCUUGAUUAUGAAAGAAUUAAUUAUUUCCAGUUCCAGAUAGAAGUUGCAGAUGCUGGUUCUCCACCCCUGAAAAAUAAGACUGUUGUGCAUGUUUUUGUUUUAGAUCAAAAUGACAAUACCCCAGUAGUUGUGUUUCCUCUAGUUGGAGCUAACUCAGUUGCACAGUGUAAGAUCCCACGGUCAACUGGUCCAAACAUUAUGGUAAGCAAGAUAUCAGCAGUAGACCAUGACUCUGGUCGUAAUGCAUGGCUUUCAUACAACUUACUUGAAGCAACAGAUCCUACACUAUUCAGUAUUGUUAUGAGAACUGGGGAAAUAAAGACUAAACGAGCUAUUCAGGAUAUUGAUCCUUCCAUUCAUGAGCUUCUUCUUCUUGUUAAAGACUCUGGAGAACCAUGUUUAUCGACCUCUGUUACAGUCAUGAUGACUUUAGAAGACAAAGAUCUAGAAAUCUCUCAUGGUGUAAAAGAUCAUUCUAAAAAAAGGAAUAUUUCUAGUCUAACUCUUUAUCUAAUUGUCUGUUUAAUUGUUAUUUCGGUGAUUUCAUUAAUUGGUUUGGCAGCUCUUGGAAUUAAAAUUCACAAAUGUGAGAACAAGAAUUUCCCUCUCUGCUGUCGGCAAAGUCAAAAGAAAACUGUGGUAACUGGUACAAAGCUACAUGGAACUUUUCAACUUCAUCCAAGCCUUUGUAACACUAUUAUAGGGGUCCGAGUGGAUUGUGCUGGAAAUAUCCCAUCUAAUCGAAGGGUCAGAACAUGCUUCUCCCCAGUCUCAGAUAUUAGUGAGUUUAUGUUUAUGAGGCCACCUCAUGUUACUGCUAACUCCUCUUCCCCUGGGAUAUUGGUUCCAGAUCCUAACUUCUCCAUUGCUUCCAAUGAGCAGGCACAAGCUAAUGUUGACUGGCAUUUCUCACAAGCCCAGAGACCUGGUACUAGCGGAGCUCAGCCUACAGAAGAAUCUGGAGUAUGGCCAAAUAACCCAGCUGAAACAGAGAGACUUCAAGCGAUGAUCUUGGCUUCUGCAACAGAAGCAGCUGAGAGUUCAAAUAUUGGAGGAGGAUCUGGUACUAUGGGUCUUGGUGCCUGCUAUGGCCCUCAGUUUACCCUUCAACAUGUUCCAGAUUACAGACAGAACAUAUAUAUCCCAGGAACAGCUACACUUACUAAUGCUGCAGUCAAACAAGAAGUAAAGCCUGCAGCACCCUCAGGUGGAAACAAGAAAAAGGCAACAAAAAAGGAAAAGAAAUGAUGAUGGACUUCAUUUUAUUACGUAAAAGAAGAUAAAAUGUUCUGAGCACUUAUCCCCUCCAAACCCAUCAAUUGAAUGUCAUUGUUAUGAAGAAAACAGAAAAACGAAACACAGUGACAGUGAAUGUUUCUAGUAAAAAAAAAAAAAAAAAGGUCUAAUUAGAAUUUAUGCUACUU